CUACAUCGAUGGCCAUAUGCUGAACUAGAUCGAGCAAGAGAUGACAUACGCAGUAAGAUAACAUCAAUGAAUGCAUGUACGGUUUGAAUGAACUAGCAAGUUGUUAAAUUACAGGUCUGCAUCGAUCUGUACGGAGCACCGCCGGCAUUUGUCGAUGUACGGAGGGAAAUUGUUAAAACACAGUGGAAGAUGAUACGCUGCCGUACAGAUGUGGGCACAUGCAGACGAUUAGGUUGUCUGCACCAUGCCACCAUGACCCAAAGUCGUUGCGCAAAGCUCCAAAGAGGGAAAAAAAAUUAACAAGGGUUAGCAUUCAAGUUGGUCUUUGCCUUGCACAUGCAUUAUCUAUGCUACUCUGUCAGUGCGUGAGCCGACGUGUCAGUUUCCGAUACGUUGGAAUGACGAGACUGAGGUAAAGUGGGUAACAAGUACUGUGCUUCUUUUCAAACAACCUCAGGUGACCAACUCCCCCACACAGUACACACACUCUCUCUUCUUCUUUUUUUCUUUUUUUUUUUGCGACUACACACACUCUCUCUUCUCCCCAUCUGAGUCGAUAAAAUCUCCGGUUAGCCGGCCGGCGUGUUUGCUAUCUGCUCAAGCUCGUGGAUCACCGGUGGUACGUGAUGGUCCGGGGAAAGACGGUGAUCGAGAGGAUCGAAAACACGACGAGCCGGCAGGUGACCUUCUCCAAGAGGAAGAGUGGGCUGUUCAAGAAAGCCAGGGAGCUGGGCGUCCUCUGCGAUGCGCAGGUAGCCGUCGUCCUCUUCUCCAACACCGGGCGCCUCUACGACUACUCCAACUGCAACUCCGGGAUGAAAUCCAUAAUUGAAAGAUACCAACAUGUUAAGGAGGGCCAACAAUUCAUGAGUGCAAGCGCUGAGGCUAAGUUCUGGCAAGCGGAGGGAGAGCGUCUGAGGCAACAACUACAUAACUUGCAAGAGAAUCAUAGACAGUUGCUGGGACAACAUCUAUCUGGCUUAGGUUUGGAAGACAUGAGGGGUUUAGAGAGUCAACUGGAAACAAGCAUACAUAACAUUCGGCUAACAAAGGACCAACUUAUGAUUGAUGAAAUUGAAGAGUUAAACAAGAAGGUUAAUGCUUUUACCAUUACAAUGCUAGGUACUACCACCAUAUUACAUUUUAUGUCUAAAUGGCCUAAUGUUUUUGAAUUGCAGGAAAGCCUUGUGCACCAGGAAAAUAUUGAGCUGCACAAGAAACUAAACAUCAUUCGUCAAGAGAAUAUAUAUUUGCAAAACAAGUUAAAUGGUGAGGCAGAAGUAAACGGGACAAUUACAAGUUCUUCUAGCCAGUAUAGCACUGCUGCUCGAGAGGAUCCAGUUCGACUGGAACUUAGUCAUCCAGACCAUGCAGAAAGGGAUGAGCAACCAGAAUUACCAAUGCUGGGGUUAAAAGUUUUUACUACAAGGACUGGCCGAUGAUCGAGGAUUGAUAUGCCAAUUCUGUUCCAAAUCAAGUGCAAGUUCAUGCAUGUUUGUGCCAUGUCUACCCAUAUAUUGUAAAAAUAAAGUACCAUUGAGAGAUUUGCAACUUGCUCCAUGUGUUUUUUUUUUCUUCUUCUUUAAAUACAGUAUUGCUUGUUGAAUCCCGGAUGCAUAAACUUGCAUUCAAAUAAAAUAAAGUGUCAUAAAAACACGGUGGUUAGAGUUUUCA